AUAAAGAAUGCUUACAUCCUUCUAUUUUUUCAGUAUUAAAUCAGAGAUUACAUUUGUACCUUUGGCUUUGCGAAGCUUAUAAUACGAAGGAAGAAUUGUAGCUUCGUAGAUGGGAACAAUCAACUCUUUCUCUGAUGAGAAGAUCCCUAAAUGCAUAGCACUAUUCCUCUAUUUAUAGGCGCAGAGUACAUUCUUUGGUAAAAUUACAUUUGCAUCCUUAAGCCUAUAUAUUUCAACUAUUUAACAUGGCAGGGGUAAGGAUGUCUAUUCCUUUCGUUAGCUUGGCGAACGGACCCGAGGAGACUUGCUUUGGCUUUCUCUGGCUUUGUCCCUGGUCCCUUUGUGAUGGCAACCCAAAGCUUGUACAUUUGCCUUUAAUCAAUUCACCAAAGAAGCUUUUGGCAGAGGUACCUAUAAUACUUAGAAAUAGUUCAGAAGACAACCAUUAUCUUAGUGUUUUGAGGACCUUCAAAAGAAAGAGACCCCCAAAAGUAGCCCCUUGCGGUAUUAGUUCGUUUUUUUGCAACAAGCUCAGAUCCCGAAACAAAUGAAGGUCAUGUGCCGAAGGUAUGAAAAACACCUUCUCCGAGCUUAAUAACGAACAAUGAAAGUGAUUCGUAAGAGUCAAUGUGGGACCCAUUUAUAACGUGGCUUGCUGAAAUUAUAAACGGCCAGCAAAGCGCAAGCGCCGGCGAGCUGAGCAUCCAUGACGGACGACAGCAGGAUCGAUCGAUUGCGCACAAAGGUGGGUGGCUCGGUGAGCAAGUCUAUGGACGAACGCAGGGGUGAGAUUGAGCAGGUGGAGGCGCUGUCCAUGAUUUACCGAGGCCAAGCGCGACGAGGGGCGAGCUGGGCACUGAGCAGAGGUCGAGCUGGAUGGAGCCGCCACGGGAGGGGCAGGGAAGAAAUACCACGACGCGAAGGGAAGGAGGCCUCGGCACGGCGGCCAAGGCCGGACAGACAGCAGGGGCGCGGUUUGGCGAGGGAGGAGCUCGGUCGGGCGCCAUGGGGCGAGCUCGCUGCGCGGAGGUCCGACGAGCUAAAGCCGGGCGCGAUGGACGGCGCGGGAAAUUGAGGGAGGUUUGCCAAGGGGAGAGAGGAGGGAGCGGCUGGGCGGGCACCAAUAGGGAAGAAGACGCGCCAGGGAGCUGCGCACGCGGCAAGCAGAGAGGGAGGAAGAUGGGCACGCGACCAUGGAAGCAGGGCGUGGCCAGGCGAGCAGAAAGCCGCACGAGGAAGCAGAGCGCGCGUAGGGGUGAUGGGCAGGGCGGAGAUCGAAUUCGGGCGAGCAAGGAGCAGCGGCUGGACUGGAGUAGGGAGAUGCGCGCGCGCAGGGAGCUUCGACGACGGCGACUACCGGUGAACUCCAUGACCGGGAGGAUGCGGCGUCCAAGAGCUUACGCUGGGAGAGAGACGUGCCAUGGCGACGAGCUGGAGACCGAUAGAGCGUGGACGGUGAACAGGGAGCAGAGAGGAAGGAGCCGAGCAGGGAGCCGGCGCGCCAUGGAACUUCGCGGCUGGGGAAGAGGAGUAGCGCGCGCUGGGAGGAGGGAGGAAGAAGAGGGCUUGGGCGCGCGGCGAGCCAGGCGAGCGCAGGGAGCAGCGUGCGCGGGAAGCCGCUCGGCUGUGCGCGCGCCGGAGCUGUGCGGUCCGCCGAGUAGAGAGGGAGGUGGAGGGCAGGCUGGGAGAGGAAGCCGUGGUGCUGAAGAAGAUAAGGAGAGAGAGAUGCAGUGGAAAAAUCUUUAAGGGAGGCGGCGGCGGCAGAUUUUUUUUUGAAGAACCCAGGGGCGGCGGCUCGGCGUUGGGGCUGGAGGGAGAUGAACGGAGGCAGCCG